AUGGAAUCGCCUGCACCAAUGGCUAUGGUCGCUUCAGAAGUUGCUCCUCCUGCGGGCGCAAUGACCCACACUGUUAUUGUCGGUGGAGCAAAGCCCGCCGCUGAAGCUACCGGCGCACCUACGCCUCUUCUCUCUUACAAUCCGGAGUCCGUUAAGGCCAACGUCGGCGACGUGAUCGACUUCCAAUUCAUGCCGAAGAACCACACUGUGACACAGUCGACCUUCGGAAAACCCUGUGUGAAGAUGGAGGGCGGUGCAGACUCUGGCUUCAUGCCCAAUCCCGAUGGAAAGGCCGGAGUCAGUUGGAAAUUCACUGUGCCAUCAACAGACCCAAUCUGGAUGUACUGCAAGCAGAAGACGGGCAAUCACUGUGGUGUUGGUAUGGUUUUUGCUAUCAACCCCAAUGACAACACAGUCGACAUGGCGAAGGCUGGUGGUGACAAAACGUUCGCGGCAUUCAAGAUGGCUGCGAUCGCACAGAACGGUACUGCGGCGAUGACGGGUGGACUUCAAGCUACUCCUACGGACGCACCAGCUGCGCCUUCGACAGUAACUAUCAGUGCAGCUGGUGGACAGCAGACUGCUGGUAUCGCUGCCCAGCCGUCUGUCAUACCGGGAUCUGGCCAGGCUGCGGACGGCUCGAGCUGCUCUUGCUCUUGCUUAUGCGGUGCAAACUCUUUCCCUCCCCAAGCAGCUGUAAAUAAUUUCGGUGGUUUCGCUGGUAUGAUGUCCAAGCCUUAG